AUGCGGAUCCGCAGGUGCGCCUCCCGGCUGCUCGGUUCCGCCGCCUCCUCCGCGUCCGCCCCCGCGCUGCCCCGAUUCGAGCUGCCCCCGCCCUCGCCGCCGGCAGCCCACGAAUCCCGCGCCGGCUUCGUGGCGGCGUCGGGGACCUCCCCCUCCUCUCUUGAGCCCUGCGAGCUCAGCUUGUCGCCGUGGGACCUCAUCGACCAGCUCCACCCCUCGGAUCCCCAGGGGGAGAAAAUCUUCUUCGAGACUUACUUCGUGGCUGUGGCGUGGCGAGCUAGCUGGCUCUUCCAACCCAGCAUGCCUGCUGCCGGCUCCAUCAAGGAAGAGGAGCAGCAGGAGGAGGACAUGGCCGCCAGUGUCAUCUUUGAACUGCAAGUCCGUAAAAAGAACACUGUGAGAAAGAAGGCGAGAAAGAUGAAGCCCAAUAUGACUAAGGACAAGAUUAAGGCAGAGGCGAGCGACGCCACCGCAGGACCAGAAACACCAUUGUGGACAUGCAAGAAGAACGUUAACGGUGCCAAGAGGUGGACUUGCUGGCGGCCAGUGAGCCAGCCCAACUCCUUCUGCUCUUACCACUCCGAUCAGAAGCCAAAACGGAAGAGAGCCACCGAUGUGGAAGAGGGGUUCUACUAUUACACUGGGUUCGGCCCAUCACGCAGCAAGAGGCACCGGAUAUCAAACAGCAGCGACGGCAUGCCGGCGGAGCCUCAACCUGCUAGACAAAAAGAAGAGGCACCGGCCAAAGAGGAAAUGCACAUUGAUUCUAGUGCGCGUCAGGCCCAAGCUGAUGGUGCAGACCAUCAAGCGGCACCACCAGUGCACAUGGACGAGCCUUUGAGCGACGACGGCAUUGCCGGGAUCGCGGGCUUGGACGAGGAGAGCAGCGACGACGAUGUGAUCAAAUCCCGCGAAAUCAAGUCGAAGAGCCCGUUGAAGAAGAGGUGGAGGAAGCCUGUAAAGGCCCGGUCGCUCAAGUCACUGAUGUAUUCAUAGCUAGGACUCGGGUCUUCGUGGCUGCAGAGAUGCUCGGUUCGGCUUAGCAACUAGCUCAACUUAGUUUGUUCCCAGUUUUGGCGUGGAGUUGCCGUACGAUUUGACAAACUGUAUGUCGGUAUGUACGUUUUGGAUUUAUUGAUGUUGUAACUGCCGUACGUGCUAGCUGACGUACUGGCCGUUAGAAACAGCUAUUAAUUUAAUUUUCUGUUGUAUGUCA